CUGUUUACUUCCGGGUCGUGGAGUUGUCGGAUUGCGCUUGUGUUGGACAUGUUGUUUAGGAUUGCGAUCGAUAUUUGAGUGCGACAAAGCAGUAAUUAUAAAAAACGCAAAUUUCUGCAACUGUGCUGUUUUUUCCGGACGAACACCACCAAGAUGACGGAGGAUGUUCAGAAGCACUCUGUCCACACUCUGGUCUUUAGAUCUCUCAAAAGGACGCAUGAUAUGUUUGUGUCUGACCAUGCGAAGUCCAUCUCCCUGGACGACGAGAGCCACAAGAUUAAGAUGAAUGCGAAACUAAAAACUGAGUACGGUGCCGUGUUGCACAUGCCUGUGCUGAAGGAAGGGAAAGACAGAGUCUCACAUCCUGGCGGCCUGCAGCAGAGCUACUCACAGCCAGGGGACGACCCAGAAUACCUGAUCACAGGAACACAUGCGUAUCCUUCUGGACCUGGAGUGGCUUUGACUGCUGACACAAAGAUGCACAGGAAUCCAAGCGAGGGAGGAAUCCACUCCAUGGCGCUGGCUCUGCCGCCCUCACAAGCAAGACAAGAUGUGAGCCGCACAGCAGCCAGCGUGGGUGACAUCCAUCACCAUGCGGGAGCGGCAAGCAGAUCUCACCCUCCGUCGAGUGCUCUGUCGCUCAUGGAAGGAGGCGGCACCAGAAAUUCUUCACUGAUGAGGAAAGCACCAACCAUGCCCAAACCUCAGUGGCAUCCACCGUGGAAACUCUUUCGGGUCAUCAGUGGUCAUCUCGGCUGGGUGAGGUCCAUCGCUGUGGAGCCUGGGAAUCAGUGGUUUGUCACGGGGUCUGCUGAUAGAACCAUAAAGAUCUGGGACCUGGCCAGUGGGAAACUGAAACUCUCCCUGACAGGACACAUCAGCACAGUGCGAGGUGUGGCGGUCAGCACACGCAGCCCCUACCUGUUCUCCUGUGGAGAAGACAAGCAGGUCAAGUGUUGGGAUCUGGAGUACAACAAGGUCAUCAGGCACUACCACGGACAUCUUAGUGCUGUGUACGAUUUAGACCUGCAUCCGACUAUUGACGUGCUGGUGACCUGCAGCAGAGACGCCACAGCGAGGGUGUGGGACAUCAGGACCAAAGCUAACGUGCACACACUGACCGGCCACACCAACACUGUGGCCACAGUGAGAUGUCAGGCUGCAGAACCACAAAUCAUCACUGGCAGCCACGAUUCAACCAUCAGGCUGUGGGAUUUGAUUGCUGGAAAAACCAGAGCGACUCUGACGAACCACAAGAAGUCUGUCCGAACUGUUGUGCUGCACCCCAGACAAUACACGUUUGCUUCUGGUUCCGCUGAUAACAUCAAACAGUGGAUGUUCCCAGAUGGCAACUUCAUCCAGAACCUGUCGGGCCACAACGCCAUCAUCAACACACUCGCUGUUAACUCUGAUGGCGUGUUGGUCUCUGGAGCCGACAAUGGAACCAUCCACAUGUGGGAUUGGAGGACGGGCUACAACUUCCAGCGGAUUCAUGCAGCCGUGCAGCCGGGAUCUCUGGACAGCGAGUCGGGCAUCUUUGCCUGCAUGUUCGACAAAUCUGAGAGCAGGCUGAUCACCGCCGAGGCUGAUAAGACCAUCAAAGUGUACAAAGAGGACGACACAGCUACGGAAGAAAGCCAUCCAGUCAACUGGAAACCUGAAAUCCUCAAGAGAAAAAGAUUCUAAAGAUUUUUUUUUUUUUAUUCGUUCAUCUUCUCACAGUAACAAUUUUAUUUCUACAAAAUGUUCUAGACACACCCGUCAAAUCAGGCAAACUCCUGAAAUGAAUUGUUCAUUUUACUCUAAGAUCCAUUUGCAGUCUUCAUUGUACGAUGUUACUCCGACCAAGAGGCCAUUUUGGACCGCCAGGAAGCUCCCGGUGUGUUUGUUCUUGAUGAUGACGGCUCUCUGAUGGCUCCGGUCAGUCUGAUCCACCAGCAGCACCCACUCUGCAGACUCAGACUGACUGGCUUCAGAGUGGACCUGGUUCCUGCAGGGGUCAAACCCUGCAGAGGGCAGAAGAAAAAUGUCUAAAAAAAAAAAUCAGUUGUUUUUUUUUGUAUUGACUCAACAGAAUUGCUGGUUGUACAGUUGUGAACAAACAUUGCCCGUUUUUCUUCUGGCUUGCAGAAACGUGAAGUUUAUUUUGCUCCAUUGAAUAAAGGCGACAUUUUUCACAUA